AUGGAGUCAAAUUUUCUCGAUGCAAAAAAUGUUCUGACAUCGGCUGUAGUUCUUCUUGCUAAUACGCACGUAUUAAGUGGUAAUACAUCGAACGCAACAAACGUACGAAUGAAACUAAAUCAACCAGACACCAAAAAAGCUGUUGGUCAAUUAUGGACUGUCAUCAAUGGAAAAGUCUUCCAGACAUUUCGAGCGCUUGAUCAAUCACGCUCCUGUUCAUCAGAAAUUUAUACUGAAUUAAAUAAAUUACAAGCAGAAUUGAUCGCACAUGACUAUAAAUCUGAUGCAUCUUGA